AACAAUCUUUUGAUCGUUUCUAUUGAGUAAUUCUGGUGCUGCGUUGAUACAACUCAAAUGAGAAAGACAAGAGGUGCUCAAUAAUGUACUGUAAUGUAAUGUUGCUUUUUGUCCACCGAAGUACAUUCUCUGUAAAUCUUAAUCAACAGCUAGGGUACUAUGUUGCUAGAAACACACACACUGCCUUGACAAUGUGACGUCAUGCAACAGAACCGUGCAGGUGAUGACGAUCGUAUUUGCGCAAUGCCGGAGGAGCACGAGCGAAAGAACGUAGACAAAAAGAAGCAGGAUGCUAAAAGAGGGAGAAAGAAGAAAAACCACACAGGAGAGACCGAAGAGGAGUCGGUGGAGAGAUCGGAGAGGAAGGAACGAGAAAAGAGGAGGAGAGGAAAGAAAACCACAGAGGGGAUUGAGGAGGAAGACGAAGAAAAGACAGCAAGGAAGAAGAACCUUCAAAAGAAGAAAAUAAGAGAAAAGAUGGAGGAGGUGAGAGAGAACAAGGAUGAAAAUGUCAAGCGGAAAAGGAAACAGGAAAGCGCCAAAAAAGAAGAGAGAAAAGAUAUUUGUAAACGUGAGGAGAAGAUGAAAGGGCAGGAAGCAGAGAUGAAAAAGCACAAGAAACCCAUCGAAACGAGUUCAGCGCAGGAGACAAGUGAGGAAGACGACGACGAGGGAGAGUUGAGGCCGGAGUCUCUGACAGCAGAGGAGCUGCAGGAGCUAAAAGAGCAAGUGGACGACAGGAAGGCUUUGAUCUGCAGUCUCCGGGGAAAGCCGUGGGCCAUGAAAAACAAGCUCUCGACUUUGCGGGAGUCUCAGGAGUUCGUCGAGAACUAUGAGGGGGCUUUGGGCGAAGGCAAAGGUCGCAAGUUCUGCGCAUACAAGGUCAUGAUGAACAAAGAAUGGAUGAAGUUUCAGCGGGACUUUGAAAACUUCAAAACUGCCUGCAUCCCUUGGGAGAUGAAAAUCAAAGAGAUCGAAAGUCACUUUGGUUCUUCUGUUGCCUCUUACUUCAUCUUCCUGAGGUGGAUGUAUGGCAUCAACAUGAUCUUGUUUGGGCUGACCUUUGGCCUGGUCAUGGUGCCAGAGGCGCUAAUGGGGCGGCCCUACGGCAGCAGCUCGAGGAAGACGACGGUCCCGUGGGCUGAGCAAGGCAGCGCCGUGGACUUUGCCGGCUUGUGGGACUUCGGGGGUUACGCGCAGUACUCUGUCCUCUUCUAUGGUUACUACAAUGACCAGCGCGCCAUUGGCUGGCUCAGGUUUCGUAUGCCUCUGUCUUAUUUCCUGGUUGGCGUAGGAACAGUGGCCUACAGCUACACGGUGGUCAUUCGAACCGGGAAAAUGUUCACAAGUUGGGACUUCCUGAGAGGGAACUCCGAAACUGCGGAUAAUAAAUUCGCCUCCAUCGCCACCAGCCUUAAGGAAGCCGUCCUGGAAGAGCAAGAGAGCCGUAAGGACGACAACAUCCAUCUGACCCGCUUCCUGCGCGUGCUGGCCAACUUCCUGGUCUUGUGCUGCCUAGCCGGAAGCGGAUACCUCAUUUACUUUGUCGUGCGGCGCUCUCAAAAGUUUGCCCUGGAUGGACUGGAAAGCCAUUCCUGGUGGGAAAGGAAUGAGGUAAAUGUGGUCAUGUCCUUACUGGGCAUGUUUUGCCCCAUGCUGUUUGACAUCAUUAGCACCCUGGAGAACUACCACCCGCGAGUCGCCCUGCAGUGGCAGCUGGGGCGCAUCUUUGCCCUCUUCUUGGGAAACCUCUACACCUUCAUCAUUGCCCUCAUGGACGAGAUGCCAGGAAGUUUAAGAACCUGUGAACUCAUGGGUGUAUGUGUGUUUCAGCGGGAAGAGGAAAAAAUAGUCAAGUUUAAUAUCACACGGUGGGAAACGCAGUCAGAAAAUAGUAGCGCUGUUCAUCCUGCUGAUGUUCCCCGUGGGCCCUGCUGGGAGACCAUGGCGGGGCAGGAGUUUGUGCGGCUCAUCAUAUCGGACACCAUGACAACCUACGGUACUCUGCUCGUCGGUGAUUUUCUGAGUGCCGUGCUUGUUCGUUUUCUCAACUACUGCUGGUGCUGGGACUUGGAGGCCGGAUUUCCGUCAUACUCUCAGUUUGACGUCAGUGGGAAUGUCCUUGGCUUGAUCUUCAAUCAAGGAAUGAUAUGGAUGGGGGCCUUCUACGUGCCCCGCCUGCCGGCCCUCAAUCUCCGCCGACUGCACGUGUCCAUGUACCUUCAGUGCUGGGCCGUCAUGUGCUGUAACGUGCCGCAGGAAAGAGUCUUCAAGGCCUCUCGCUCCAACAACUUCUACAUGGCCAUGCUACUGGUCAUCCUCUUCCUGUGCACGCUACCUGCAAUGUACACCAUUGUCACCAUCCCGCCGUCUUUUGAUUGUGGACCAUUCAGUGGCAAGAGUCGUAUGUUCGAUGUCAUCCACGAGACGCUCGAGUUAGACUUCCCAGCCUGGUUUGGAAAAGUGUUCAGCUAUGCCUCAAAUCCUAGACUGGUGCUACCCUUCAUGUUGUUGAUGGUGCUGGCCAUUUAUUUCCUGCAAUCCACAUCUAAAAGCCACAAAGAAGCAAAGGUUUGCAUGUGUGCCUCACAGUUGAGACAAAAUGAAGACAACAAGCGAAAGAACAAGCAAGCCGCAUUGAAGGCGGCAAUGGAUUUGGAAGAGGCCGGAAAAGCUGCAGAAAAACAGAAGAACAAUCAAGCUUUGCUGCAAGACCAUGAAAAUGGGAAGGAAAACCCCGGUAGAUGUCAGAAAUCACAUCAUGGCAAGAACGGACGCAAUUCCCCUGCUGUCGGAGAAGCGAGUACAUCCGGCGUCCGGGAGUCCUCGCCAUAGCAACAGUGGGGCUGGUUUCACACAGCGCAGUGAUCAGAAGAUGAACAAGGUGCCAGGGCUGCAGAGACACUGAGCGAGUGAGCCUGACUAAAACAAACAAACAAACAAACAAACAAACUAGCAAACAAACAAAAAGCACUGUACUGAAAAAUGGUGUGACACCAUUGUCAGGACGAAAUGUCUUUUUGGUCACAUUUUCACAUUUACGGCGUUCUCCUGAAAUCAGGUUCAAAUAAUAAAAUGUUGUACUUUAACACUAAAACUCCAAGAGGUUAUGAGAGUAUGUUGUUUAUUAAGAUUGGCAUAAUUCUGUAUACGUGUAACAAUCCUUUUGCUGCAGACAGUAUAUGUAUUAUUUGUCUGUGAUUGCUUAUCUUUUUUUCCCCAUGCAUGAAUCCUAUCGCUAAACUCUUCAAACCUUCACCUAUUCUACCAGCAGCAUUGUUUAUUUGUCCAACAACCACAUCGGAUUAUAAAGGAGUCAUCAUGACAAAUAUCAGCGUUUGUAACAUGCAAAUUUGUAUAUGCUUUUCCAGAAUUUUAUCAAAUUAGAGACAGUUGUAUAUUAUCAGGAGCUUUUAAAAUCAGAUAAUUCUACAUUUAUUGUAAAGGUAAUUCUCAUUACGGGUUCUAAUCUCUUUUAUCUGAAUAAUGCAGCCUUUUCUUGGCACCCCAGCCAUUGUGCCGGCAUCCUCCGACUAUCGAUCGUGCCAAUUUAAUUCCAAAACCUUAAGUGUAAAUCCGUCGGCCGUGGCCUCCUGAGCCGAGCUUCAUCACGCUACAAAGAUGAUCUGAUAACCGUGCACUGUCUAGAAUAGCAAUUUAGUUCCGCGAAUGUGGGAGGAAGACAUGAGUACAGUAGAGCAGAUAGCACGUGUGCGGACUGAGAGGACUGGCGGACGGCGCCGAUCGGGUGCAGCCAAAGGACGAGUUCCGGAACGACAGCUUGCUUGCUUAUCGGGGUUAAGGUGAAGGGCAGCUUGGCGUCUCUUGUUUCACCGCAUUAUUCAGAAAGAGCCAUCUGACAUUUGACCGCACGCUCGGAUCACAUUUCCGUCACUGCAACAUUUACUCCUCAAGUUUGCAGGCGCUCCAUCCAAACAAAAUGCAUUCACGUGCGAAGUAUGCCGCCGACUCUCCUUUAUCUAGAACUUUGAAAUGGAAGAGUUUAGGUUCCAUCAAAUCACGUAUCCCCAUUUUGAUAAACAUUUAACACUUUUUACAUUGUAUGAAAUAUUUCAAACCAAGCAUGUUGACUUUCCACCCAGGAUUAUCCAA